ACUAAUCUUACCACCCAUGGAAGAAGAAAGAUACCACCAGACAUCUCAGUCUCAGUGGGCAAACCUAGCUGAUCCGCUAACACUUAGCGUUAUAACAUUUACCCUUAGGUAUCAUUUUAACCAUUUUUGAAUGCAACGAAUAUCUUGUGAUUCAGACUUCAGACAGUAUAUUCGUCCGUACCGAUUUAUUUUAGAUUUAGGACAUCACCAGCUGACUAACUAGAUAGCUGCUAGCUAUCCAGCUACCUGGCUGGCUAACUAGCUACUCAGCUGUCAACAAACAUCAAGAAACGUUAACGUUUACGGGGAACUGAUUUAUUCAGAAUAAUGGACCAGCACAAUACGACAUACUCCGUCCAGCUUUACAUAUACGACCUGUCCAGGGGGAUGGCUCGUCAGCUCAGCCCUAUCAUGUUGGGAAAACAGCUUGAUGGAAUCUGGCACACUGCCAUUGUGGUUUUUGGAGAAGAGUUUUUCUUUGGAGGUGUUGGCAUCUCAAGCUGUGCGCCGGGUGGUACGAUGUUGGGCCCUCCAGACUCUGUGGUGGAACUUGGAAACACAGAGGUGAAUGAAGAGAUCUUUAUGGAUUACCUCUCAUCGCUCGGGGAGACCAGUUACAGAGGAGACCGGUACCGACUGUUUGAGCACAAUUGUAACACCUUCACCAACGAGGUAGCCCAGUUUCUCACAGGCCGGAAGAUUCCGUCUUACAUCACAGACCUUCCCUCGGAGGUGCUCUCAACGCCUUUCGGCCAGGUGCUGCGGCCCAUCCUGGACUCCAUCCAUAUCGCUCCCCCAGGUGGCAAUGUGAUCAACGGCCAUAACAACCACAGUUAGACCCCCCUGCCGACCACACUCUCAAGCAAGAGAAUACACGACGCCCUUUUAGCUGACACGCACUAUGUGGUGAAGGUCUGCUUUCUUCUGUAUUAUACCGAACACGAUGGCUUUUGCUCCUUGUAGUUCACGUGUAUUUAUGAUGCUUUGAGUAUAUGUAUGUGUAUAUAUAUAUAUAUAUAUAUAUAUAUAUAUAUAUAUAUAUAUAUAUAUAUAUAUAUAUAUAUAUGAAGCUGUUCUGUUGUGCACAGAUUUGCACAUUUCUACCCUGGUCUGGAAUCUCUGUCUUGGUUUUUUGCUUUUUUUUUUCCCGAAAAUUGUUCUCACUUUCCUCCCUUUUCUCAAAGUGGAUCAUUUCAUACUGCUGAACUUUGAACCUUUAUGUCAGAUAUGUGUAUUUAUUAUCGGCUUGUCCCGUGGUGUAUUUAGUCAACAUUUCCUCUUCUCUCUUCUCCUCUCCGGUCUGUCACAAUGGAGACAUAUAUCCUGUACUGAGACAUAGGCAGAGACUUUUACAGAAUACAAGGGGGUCUAUUGCUCUGACUCACAAUGCCAAAUCUAGAGUAAAACAUCAGAAAUACAUUGUGUUUGACAGAGCAAAAGAGCACAGGAGAAAGCCCAGCCUCACUGGCUCAGUGUUGGUUUCCAAAAUAUUUGUUGCUGAAUCAUUCAGUUGAUUUGCUCUGUUAUUUUUACUCUACAAUGCAUCAAGAAAUGUAGAAUUUCUGAAGCCAAGAGCCAACUCUCAUUGCUUGUGUAGACUUAAUCCAAAUCAGCAAUUCAAAAGCAAAAUCAAGUUAUGUUUAUAGGAGAGGGCGUAUGUGUGUGUGCGCGUGCGUGCGUGCGUGCGUGUGUGCAUGUAUGGAUGGGUGAGCGUGUGCUUGUCUGUGCGCGUGUGUGAGCCUCUGCCUGUGUGUGUAAACUCAUUUAUUUAGUUCUAACCCCAGUUCUGUGCGGUGGAAAGGAUCAUCACUGUCUACCCACCAGUGGGACUAAUUGAGUAUCUGACUAAGAGAAGGGUUCAUCUCACCUUCACCCCCAGCUGUAGUUGCCCAGCUCUGUGCCGAGCGGAGGGCCUUAGAUCUUCAUGCCCCACCAGACGGUGUGAGUAAUGUACACCUCGGUGCCUUCCCCCCCAGUCCACACCCCCAACCCCCCCUUUGGCACUCACACACGCUCACCAACCUGGAAGAGUUUGGCACUGUUACCCUAGCAACAGGCUUGAGAGGGAAGGAGGAGCACAAGAGGUGGGGUCAACCCCCCCCGCAAACACACACACACACACACACACACACACACACACACACACACACACACACACGUACAUACUCAUGUACUUACUCUCCCUUAACACUUAACAAAAAAACCUCCAGAAGAGUGCUGUAGGGACCAUUAACAUGUUGUCAUCAGGUAUUUAUUUUCCUGCUGGAGCUAGCUGUAGCUCAAGCAUUGCUGUUUGAAGUUGUUGCUGCAUCAGAAAUAUGUAAACAAUGCUAAUGAAUAUAUGCCUCAUAUAAAUAGUUCUAAUGUACUUUAUGUGUACAUUUGUAUUUGAAGGUAGACUUUUCAUGAAGAGCUAAAUCUUACGCAGCAAUGCGUUUGCUUUUUUUAAUGUUGGGCUUUAAUAAACGGCAAAUCUGGAAUUUACAACCAGUGCCAUGUUGGGUAAACACUAACAUUUACAAAGCUGGUGUUCAUUCAGCUACUCAUAUCACCAGGAGACUUUUGACGUUCUUAAGCCAAUAUGAUAAAGGAAGGAGAGGAGGAGGGAAGUGGAGUGAAUGCUCGCCUGUUGUGCAGUCAUACAACUGAGUACACUAGAAUCCAGCUAUGGACUCAACAUAGCAAUCAUGAGGCCAUGCAUUAGGAGCCUGGCAGUACAUCUUAGACUUUGUGGGUAGUGUCACAGACUCACAGUGCCACAUUUGAUGUACACUGUGUGUGUGUGUGUGUGUGUGUGUGUGUGUGUGUGUGUGUGUGUGUGUGUGUGUGCGUGCGUGCGUGUGUGUGUGUUUGAGUGUGUGAGUGAGACAGGUGUUAAUACCCUGGGAUCUUUUUUGUAAUAUUUUCUUUUAUCCCCAUUAAACAUGCUCUCUACCAGCUAUUAACUAAUAUGACCUAGAGCACAUCAACCCUCAUUAUGUGAAAUUAUAUGGUAUGUUUAUUCUGUUUUAUUGAAAAGUUUAUUAUUUAAAAUAUUUCUUAUGUUAAGUAUUUAUUUAUCUUAUUUGUGUUAUUUGUAUUGUGUAAUUAUGAAUAUAUUUUUUUUCAGUUGCCAUUCAUUGUCAUGUGUAGAUGUAUAAUGUGAAGCCAUCAUCCAUAAGUAUUCUUACAUGCACUACAGCCUUGAAUAAAUUGCUUAUGUUCCAACCUACUUCUGCUUUAGUUUGAAUAAAAUAUGCUCAGAACAAUUCA